CCCAGAAAGAAAAAUAAAAUCUUUAUUGUUUGUCUUCAAGUCUGCCUCUGUGUCUCGUUCCCUAAUACAAACACAAUCUUUCUCUUUUCCCUCUGAAGUCAAAUCCCUUAUACUUUACGUAACGCAUAUAGCACUUCUCCUAUAUAUUAACCCACCGUUAUUUUUAUUCCUUUGCCUCUCAACUUCUCAACGCUAUCUUCUUCUCUUUACUGUAACUUUUUUUAAAAACAAUGGUGCAAAACCACCACGGGACAGUCGGGGAGAACAAGGGGAAAAGACCCAAGUUCUUUAUCAACGACCACGUGGACAUCCUCAUAGAGAUCCUCAAACGCCUCGACUGCCGUUCCCUCUGCGUUGCCGCCAGCGUGUGCCGUCUCUGGUGCACCAUUGCUCGCAACGACUCCCUCUGGGAAAACCUAUGCUUUCGACACGUGUCUCCUCCGCCUUCCAGCGUGCGGUCCGUUGUUCUUGCCCUGGGCGGCUACAAACGCCUCUACAUGGGCUGCGUGAGACCCGUGCGGAGCCGACUCGGACGAGUCAGGAGAGCUUCUUGGGCUCGGGACGAGGUCCAGCUCUCCUUGUCUUUGUUUUGCGUUGAUUACUACGAAAGGCUUGGCGGUGGGAGUAAUAGUAACGGGAGACUCGUCGGGGAAUCCUCACCGUCGUCGCUAAUGUUCCUAUGCAAGCCCAUGAAUGUAUGAUUUUUCGUCGUCUUUUAUCUAACCUAUAUUUUCAAAUUAUUAUACCUUUAAAAUGAAAAUUAUCAUAAAAUUCUUUAUAGCUUUUGUAUUAUUUUUUCUUAGAAAUUUCUAUGAAUUG